AGACAAAAGGUAGUCUAGAGAGAGAGAGAGAGGAGUAGGAGAGCAGCAAAAUAAAGGAAGGUGGAGGGUCUCUGUUUUCAGUUUCCACUAUUAUUUCCCCAUCAAAGAAAGCAAUGACCAACAAGCACUGCCCAAACCAAGUCUGUUGAUCCAUCAAUCAUACUUUCAACUCAUUUUCUUACUUUAGGUAAAAUGCAACUCUCUCAUCUCACUUUUCCUCUUGCAAAAAUGUUUAGGGUUUGUGAUCUCUAGCUAAACUGGGAUUUCAACAAAUUGGUACAACCACACUGCUGGAUACGGUGAGGGAAGGUGAAUUUUAGAGCUUGCUUACAAGUUUCUGUUCAAAGGUGUUAGGGACUGUCUUUGUGUAUUGUCAUUGGGCAUCUGCUGAUAGUUAAGUUGGUGUUAUGGGUUCUCGAUUCCCAUCUCAUCAGUUGAGUAGUGGCCUUUAUGUAUCUGGCCGGCCUGAGCAGCCAAAAGAAAAGACCCCCACUAUGAGCUCAGCUGCCAUGCCUUAUACUGGAGGGGAUAUUAAAAAGUCUGGAGAACUUGGAAAAAUGUUUGUUACCCCAGCGGAUGGCUCGAGGUCGCGGAAAUCUGGACCGAUCAACAGCAAUGCGCCGUUGAGAACAGGGUCCUUUAGUGGUGCUACUUCUCAUUCAGGUCAACUUAAUUCAGGCAAUCGAAUGACUACUGGUGGUGCUCCUGGAUAUGUUUCUAUGAAAAAGACCAACUCUGGGCCUUUGAAUAAACAUGGAGAGCCUAUGAAGAAGUCCUCUGGUCCUCAAGCUGGAGGAGGUAAUGUUUCGUCCCGCCAAAAUUCCGGCCCUAUUCCACCAAUUCUCCCUACCACAGGCCUGAUUACAUCUGGUCCUCUAAAUUCUGCUGGAGCUCCUCGUAAAGUGUCAGGUCCCUUGGAUUCAACAGGGUCAAUCAAGCUGCAAAAUUAUUCUGUAGUUAAUAACCAAGCUGUUACUCGCAUCAACCAAUGUGAUGAAUACUCCUUCCGCAAGAGCUUCCCAAAGACAAUAUUUUGGUCCAUCAUUCUUUUAUUUUUGAUGGGAUUUAUUGCUGGUGGCUUUAUCCUUGCUGCUGUUCACAAUCCCAUUCUUCUCGUUGUUGUUGUUGUGCUCUUUGCUAUAGUCAGUCUGGUGUUCACCUGGAAUACUUGUUAUGGAAGAAAAGCUAUCAUUGGUUUCAUUUCUCAGUAUCCAGAUGCUGAGCUUAGAACUGCAAAAGAUGGCCAAUUUGUUAAAGUUUCUGGGGUAGUUACCUGUGGAAAUGUCCCUCUUGAAUCAUCGUUUCAGAAGGUUUCUAGAUGUGUAUAUACAGUCACAAGCUUAUAUGAGUACCGAGGGUGGGAUUCAAAAUCUGCCAACCCAGAACAUCGUCGAUUUUCUUGGGGUCUUCGUACGCUGGAGCGGCAUGUCUCUGAUUUCUAUAUCUCUGAUUUCCAGUCUGGAUUAAGGGCUUUGGUCAAAACUGGGUAUGGUGCUAGAGUAACCCCUUAUGUCGAAGAGUCUAUUGUUGUGGAUAUUGAUCAAUCAAAUAGGGACAUGUCACCUGAAUUUGUCAGAUGGCUGGCAGAGAGAAAUCUAUCCAGUGAUGACCGAAUAAUGCGAUUGAAAGAAGGGUAUAUAAAAGAAGGUAGCACUGUGAGUGUAAUGGGAGUUGUCCGACGGAACGAUAACGUUCUUAUGAUUGUUCCACCUCCAGAGCCACUUUCAACAGGGUGUCAGUGGUCUAAAUGUAUUCUUCCAGCGAGUCUGGAGGGUAUCGUUUUGAGAUGCGAGGACAGUUCAAAGAUUGAUGUCAUUCCUGUGUAGCACCUUUAUGAUUAUAGAAGGCUUUGCUGUUUUUGUUUUUAAAUAUGUUGGAAAACCCUCUUCUGUCAGUGGCAACAAGAAUGGCAUCUCAUCUUCACUCAGUUAACCAGAUAUGUAUUGUUUGUCGAUUUGAUUUGUUUUUUUAUUUUUGUUUCUAUUCUUCCUGUAAUGGUGUUGGUGUCAUCAAAUGUGUAGAUACUGAUGAUUUUUGAGAGAGUUGUUAUGGUUAGAAAGUCAUAUAUUUGGAUACAACAUGUGUAUUUGGUUGGUAUUAGUUAUUCUUUUGUGGCACACUUAGCCACUCUCAA